CGCUGGAGUCAAUUGAUGGAUUUUGGAAUGUCACGUUUUAAUGUGUACUGUAAAAUUAUUGACCCAGCAAAGUACAAAAGCAUCAGUUCUGGAUUUGGAGUUUUGCUCAGGGAGCAGGGAUUCAAGGGCUUCUUUCGGGGUUGGGUGCCCACCUUGCUUGGUUAUAGUGCUCAAGGUGCUGGCAAAUUUGGAUUCUAUGAGUUCUUUAAGAAGUAUUACUCGGACAUUGUUGGGCCUGAGUACGCUUCCAAGUAUAAGACCUUGGUAUACCUUGCUGGUUCAGCAUCAGCUGAAGUGAUUGCUGAUGUUGCCCUCUGCCCAAUGGAGGCUGUGAAGGUCCGAGUCCAAACUCAGCCUGGUUUUGCCCGGGGUUUGGCCGAUGGGCUUCCCAAGUUUGUCAAGUCUGAAGGUGUUCUUGGAUUGUACAAAGGGCUUGUUCCUCUUUGGGGACGUCAGAUUCCAUAUACGAUGAUGAAAUUUGCUUCUUUUGAGACAAUUGUGGAGAUGAUGUACAAGUAUGCCAUCCCAACCCCAAAAGACCAAUGCAGUAAAUCUUUGCAGCUUGGAGUAAGCUUUGCUGGUGGAUAUGUGGCGGGUGUAUUUUGCGCAGUUGUGUCACAUCCUGCUGAUAAUCUGGUGUCUUUUCUGAACAAUGCAAAGGGAGCGAGUGUUGGUGAUGCGGUGAAGAAGCUGGGAUUAUGGGGUCUUUUUACUCGUGGCCUUCCCAUUCGUAUUGUCAUGAUUGGAACUCUUACUGGAGCCCAGUGGGGUAUUUAUGAUGCUUUCAAAGUUUUUGUUGGACUGCCAACAACUGGUGGUGCCCCUCCGCCUCCUGCAAAAGCAUGAAUUAUAGCUGAUGAUCAAACAUCAACAAGCAUUUAAUGUUUGGGAUUUUAGAGAAGAACUUUGUGCUUUGACGGAACACAAUAAUAGUGGUGAUGCUACUGGGUCAGGUGGCUCAAAUCGGGGCUGAUUUCUCCUCAAUAAGGACAUCCGUUGCUAGCUGGAAAUGUAUUCUCUUGUAGACGAUUUCUUUUUCAUUAUUCUUAUUCUUGCUGCUCCAAAUGUUUUUUCUCGAUAGGAUGUUCUUGAGUUCAUCCUUGCUUUGGUUAGAUAUGUACUUGAAAUUGUAGUCUGACUUUUGAUGUAUGGAAAGGUUCCGCAUGGUGGAAUAUGAGACUUGAUAAUGCUUCAUUAGUAACCUCGGUAUAUAAACUGAUUUGCAAUAAAUACAAAUACAAAAUUAUUAGGAAA